AUGGCGCCUCCUCCAGAGUCGUCGACGGCGACAAGCAUCGAUGCCACCAACGGCUCCGUGACUCGUCGCAACGCCGCACCAAAGGGCGAGCCAGAUCUGACCUCGGUCGAGCCGGCCAACGGAACGACCAAGGAGCGGCUACAAAGAACGCCGCAGAAGAAGUAUCGCCAUGUCGCUGCCGUGCACUCCCAGACGAGGCCAUCGUGCCUGAGCCACGACUCGCCGGCUGCUCCCAGCUUUCUCGGGUUCCGCAACCUCAUGGUCAUUCUCUUCGCUGCCAAGCAGGCCGAGGGGUCCAAGAACCGAGCCAAGGACAGGAGCUCCGGCCCGUCAGAAGCAGAGCGGAAGAAGUUUCAAUCCAUCUGGGUUCUCGCAGCCUUGGCCCAUGGAAUCAACAUCACGCUCGCCCUCGCCAUCACCACCGUCGUCGUCUACUUUUAUGUCUACCACCCACUGAUUGGCACGCUGACGGAGAUGCAUGCCAUUAUCGUGUGGCUCAAGACGGCCUCGUAUGCCUUCACCAACCGAGACCUUCGCCACGCCUAUCUGCAUCCAGUGGAGGGAGAAGAGGUGCCGGAGCUGUACAAGUCCUGCCCCUAUCCGCAAAACGUCACGAUGAAGAACCUAGUGUACUUUUGGUGGGCUCCUACUCUGGUAUACCAGCCUGUCUAUCCGCGGACCGACAGGAUUCGAUGGGUGUUUGUGCUGAAGCGGCUCGGAGAGAUCUUUUGCUUGGCUGUCUUCAUCUGGGUUGCCACUGCUCAGUACGCAACCCCUGUUUUGCGCAACUCUUUGGACAAGAUUGCCUCUCUUGAUCUGCCCUCCAUCUUGGAACGAUUGAUGAAGCUUUCGACGAUAUCCUUGGUCAUCUGGCUGGCCGGCUUCUUUGCGCUCUUCCAAUCCUUCUUGAACGCCCUGGCAGAAGUCAUGAGAUUCGGCGAUCGGUCAUUUUACGACGACUGGUGGAAUAGCGAGAGUCUGGGUGCGUACUGGAGGACGUGGAACAAGCCCGUCUACACCUUCUUCAAGCGCCACGUCUAUAUGCCCAUGAUCGGACGAGGCUGGAGCCCGGCCGCUGCCAGCUUUACAGUCUUUUUCGUUUCCGCCGUUCUUCACGAGAUUCUCGUUGGCAUCCCGACGCAUAACAUUAUAGGCGUCGCAUUCUUUGGCAUGUUCCUCCAGCUCCCGCUCAUUGCCAUCACGACUCCCCUCGAGAAGAUGAAGCUCGGCCACGGUGGUCGCAUUCUUGGAAAUGUCAUCUUCUGGGUAUCCUUUACAAUCUUUGGGCAGCCGUUUGCGGCCCUGAUGUAUUUCUACGCUUGGCAGGCCAAGUACGGCAGCGUGAGUAAGCUGCCGCAGCCGAUGCAUCACUGA